AUGGUAGUGAAUGAGAGGCUGAUGAAGAGGAGGAUCUUUGCCGAUCUCUACGACUUCCAUACCUUCCCCACCACUACCACCACCAACACUGAGGAUGAGCAGUCCUUCAGAGUAAAGAUGAGUGCUUUUCUGGAAAAACAUGCUCACCUCAUGCACUCGCACUCCGCCACCAUGCUUCCCGCUUUUCUAGACCCGGUUGUUGGAGCAUCAUCGUUGGGUGAUGGAAAAUCAAAGCCACUAUGUGGCUCCACCCCUAUCUAUGAGUACCUCCAAAUCAUCCAAAACAUUGACGGUACCAUCAAACGUCUCUACGAAAUUCCUAGCACCCCUGCCGCACCUAAUCACAACAGUUCCACCUCUGUGAUCACCAAAGAUGUCACUCUCAACCCAAAUCACAACACUUGGUUCCGCAUAUUCCUAGCUCGCCAAGCACUAGAUAACACCUCUACCAACAACAGUGUCGGUAAGACAAAACUUCCUCUCAUUGUGUACUACCAUGGUGGUGGUUUUAUUCUUUUAAGUGCUGAUUCCACCAUGAAUCAUGAUUUUUGCUUCAACAUGGCACUUCAACUCUCCGCCGAGGUCGUCUCCGUCGAAUACCGUCUCGCUCCUGAGCACCGCCUUCCUGCGGCGUACGACGAUGCAGUGGAAGCGUUACAUUGGAUCAAAUGUACACAAGAAAAAUUGUUACGUGACUUUGCUGAUUAUUCUAAGUGUUUUCUAAUGGGUACUAGUGCGGGUGGCAAUAUAGCCUAUCACGUGGGGCUACGUGCAUCGACAGCCGUUUGUGAUUUUGAACCAUUGAAGAUCAAAGGGCUGAUUUUGCACCACCCGUUCUUUGGUGGGUCAAAAAGGACUGAAUCCAAGCUAAGGUUGCUCAACACUCCAGUUUUGCCACUAUGCAGUACUGAUUUGAUGUGGAAAUUGGCUUUGCCAAUUGGGGUUGACCGUGAUCAUGGGUAUUGCAAUCCAACGGUGGGUGAUGGAUUUGAACAAUUUGAUCAAAUUAGAGAGCUGGGUUGGUGGGUUGUGGUGACAGGUUGUGAUGGAGACCCAUUGGUAGACCGUCAGAUGGAGCUGGUAGAAAUGUUGAAGAAAAAGGGUGUUAAAGUAGAGGCACAAUUUAAUGAAGGAGAUUAUCAUGGGGUGGAACUAAUGGAUGUCACGAAAGCUAAUGCACUGUUUGUGUUCCUAAUGUAUUUCCUAGAAAAAUGCUAGGUUGGUUGGUUUCUCGUUUCUGCGAUUUCACUUGGAACCUAUCUUGUUUUCUUUUAUUUUCUAUGAAUAUAUUUUUUAUUUAAUAAGCAAACUAAAAUUAAGUUUC